AUGGACCCUUGUGAUUACGGACCGCUUGUUCCUUUGUCUCCUGUUAUUCACCGCCGACGUAGGAAACUAAAAAAAGAGGCAAAAGAACGCCACGAUUUAGAAAGUUCAAAACGAGUCAAAAAGGCCAAAUUCGAAGGGGAGGCGAACUUGACUACAUCCUUGUUUGCAUCACCUGCGGCUGCCGAGAUGCGAAAGAAAAUUCGUAAACCUCCAAUGACAGCAAUAAAGACAAAUAACAAGUGGGCAGCAGAAGACGAUGAGAUAUUGCUAUCCCUCAUUACGUCUG